AUGGAACUGCUUCGGGCCACUACUACUGCAGGCAAUAGAUAUGCUUCUACUAUUGCAGCCUGUUUCACCCUCUUUCUCGUAGGCGUUACGAUAUACAGACUUUACAUCCAUCCUCUCUCCAAGUAUCCAGGACCACGUGUCUGGAGCAUCACAAGGUUGCCGUCUGCGUACUACUUUGCAAUAGGAAAGCUCCCAUACAAGAUUGCUGAGUUCCACGACCAUUAUGGGCCGAUAGUUCGGAUCUCACCAAAUGAAUUGAUAUUUAACUUGGAGGAUGCUUGGCAAGACAUUUAUGGGAAGCCUGCGUCACGGAAUACGCAGCUGCCGAAGGAUCCCGAUCAGUUCAUAGCAAAUCCAAAUGGACCACGAGGGCUCUUGCUUGAACCAGAUGACAAUAUACAUGCACGACACAGACGCAAUCUUGCCCCCGGCUUCUCAGAGAAGAUCCUCCGAGACCAAGAACCACUGAUCACAAAAUACUUCGAUCUUUUGAUUCAGAGACUGCGAGAGAAUUCUGAAAAGCCAGUGAAUCUCGUUGAAUACUACGAAUUUGCUACUGUGGAUAUUAUCAGCGACUUAGCAUUUGGAGAAUCGUUUGACUGUCUUGAGAAAACAGAGAUUCAUCUCUCCCUGCAGCUCCUCCACCGGGCAGGAAGAGCCAUAGCGCUCCUCGGCUUGCUACAGAAGUUCUGGCCACUGGACAAGAUCGUAUUGACUCUCUUUGCGCGCUAUGCUCGAGAAGAAGAGACAAAAUUUCGAACGAUGAUGACGGAGAAGCUCCUCAGACGACUUGAGCUUCCUGAUCCUCGUCCAGAUAUCAUCUGCCAUGCACAGAAACGACUCAAUACGAAAGAAGGCAUGACGUUCAGCGAACUUGCCGAAACAGGGGGGCUCCUCAUAGCAGCAGGUGCUGAAACUACAGCCAGUCUCCUUUCCGGAGUUACUUACCAUCUACUCAUGAAUCCAUCCAUACUUACUAAGCUCAAAGACGAAGUUCGAGGCGCCUUUAGUACAGAAUCUGAGAUCAACAUGAUCAGCGUCAACGGCCUCGAAUACCUCCUAGCAGUCCUCAAUGAAGCUCUACGCAUCUUUCCACCCGUUCCAGGCAAUCUCAAUAGAAUCACCCCCAAAGGAGGCUGCAUGAUUGCUGGUCACUUCCUACCUGAAAAGACAUACAUAGCCAUCAACCACUGGGCUGCCUCACACUCCUCUGCCAACUUCACAAAACCAUAUGAGUUCAUUCCUGAGCGUUGGAUGGGAGCUCCAGAAUUCAAUCAAGAUAAACGGAGGGUUGUGAAUGCGUUCAGCGUUGGGCCGAGAAAUUGCAUUGGUAGAAACUUGGCCAAUGUUGAGUUGAGAGUGAUACUGGCGAGGAUGAUUUAUAAUUUUGAUAUGGAGUUGUGCGAGGAAAGCAGAGGAUGGUUGGAUGGGAAUCGUAUCUACUUGCUUUUCGAGGACAAGCCACCAUUGAUGGUGAAGCUAACUCCAGCUAUCAAAGUCUAA